AUGACAGACCUCUUCACUCUUCAUGAUAGGACAGCCCUCGUAACGGGAGGCACCCGUGGCAUCGGCCAGGCCAUGGCUAUUGCGCUGGCUGAAGCUGGAGCAGACAUUGUUCUGGUGCAGGUAAACUUUAGGAUUGCGGAGAUCAGCAAAAAUUAUAGUACUGACAGUGGUUUACAGCGAGAUACUAGUAAUCAGGAAACAAAGCAAGCAGUGGAGAAGCUGGGCCGCAAGGCCGCAAUCUACACAGCGGAUCUCGCUGUUCAAGACUCCGUUGCGGCGCUGGUCGCCACCGUCGUCAAGGACCACGAUAUCAGUAUUCUGAUCAACAGUGCCGGUAUCCAGCGUCGACACCCGAGUCACAUCUUCCCUUCAAGCGAUUGGGACGAGGUCCUCCAGGUUAAUUUAACGACUGUUUUCACUCUUUGUCGGGACGUCGGCGCCUAUAUGCUCAACCGGCCUCCCAAUGCCUGGGGACAGCGCGGCAGCAUUAUCAAUGUGGCCUCGCUGACUUCGUUCCAGGGCGGGCUGACGGUACCCGCUUAUGCGGCCGCCAAGGGUGGUAUUGCGCAGCUCACCAAGGCUCUUUCCAAUGAGUGGAGCUCGAAGGGAGUAAAUGUCAACGCAAUCGCACCGGGAUAUGUAGCGACGGACAUGAACACGGCGCUCAUUGAGGACAAGGAGCGUGCUGCCAGUAUUCUUGCGAGAAUCCCUGCUGGUCGGUGGGGAAACCCGGAUGACUUCAAGGGCCCAGCUGUCUAUUUAGCUUCCAGGGCGAGCGCGUACGUCAGUGGUGAGGUGCAUACUGUGGAUGGUGGCUGGAUGGGUCGGUAG